CAACUGACAUCACUUCCGUGUUGUUUCUUCAUGUGAACUCUUCACUACCUGACACCAGGCCGUGUGUCGUUGUGAUGUUCUUACUAUUUAACUAAAGCCUGUCGUGUCCCGAAAGUCUCUGGAAACUUUCCAACAUGGCCUGUUCCGAUUCAGAAGUUGACUUGGGGACGAUUCCUCUCAUCGCGCUGAAUAUGAGUCUGAGGAAAAAGUUGGGACUGUAUCUGAACCCCAGGAACACAGUGGCCCCGGACUGGAUGGCUUUGGCGGAGGCCGUGGGCUUCACUUACCUCGAAAUAAAGAACUACGAAGUGUCAAAAAGUCCCACACAGUCGGUCCUGGAGAACUGGCAGGCUCGCUCCGCAGACGCGACGGUGGGGAAGCUGCUGUCCGUCCUGACGGAGCUGGACAGGAAAGACAUCGUGGAGGAUCUCCGUCCUUUGAUAGAUGAGGAUGUGUCAAAGUACAGAAUGAGUCUGAAGAAGAAGGCUGAGCCCCCACUUCAGGUUGAUGAGGUUGACAGCUGUUUCCCACGCACCCCAGAGAGGCUCGGCAUCACCCUGGACGACGACCCUGAUGGUGCCCCUGAGCUGUUCGAUGCCUUCAUCUGCUACUGCCAGAGCGACUUCGACUUCGUCCAUGAAAUGAUCCGGGAGCUGGAACAGACAGAGUACAAGCUUAAACUGUGUGUGUUCGACAGAGACGUCCUCCCGGGCUCCUGCGUAUGGACCAUCACCAGUGAACUCAUCGAGAGGAGGUGCAAGAGGAUGGUGGUAGUGAUUUCUGAUGAAUACCUUAACAGCGAUGCCUGUGACUUUCAGACCAAGUUUGCUCUCAGCCUCUCUCCCGGAGCUCGAAAUAAACGGCUCAUUCCGGUGAAGUACAAGCCAAUGACAAAGCCAUUCCCCAGCAUCUUACGCUUCCUCACCUUAUGUGACUACACUCGUCCUUGCACGCAGAGCUGGUUCUGGGGACGGCUGGCCAAAGCUCUCUCACUUCCAUAAUCAUGGACCAGUUAAUCUUGUCUAAAGGUGGCUUUUCAUUCCAUCAGUGAAAAUGUUGAACAAUGGCCAAAAUUACAGAUACAAGUGUGUACUAUUGCUUGUUAUCUUGCUCUGCUGGCCUCUGAGUACACUUGUCAUUUACUGUGUGUAUACAGUACAUAUUAUAAUGCUACUAUUUGUGUUUCCUAAGAUCACAUUGUGAUUUCUGAAUAGUAUCAUCAUGAAAGUCAAGCUGCACAAGGAUACCAGAAAUAUCAGAAAGGUGUUCACUGUCCAAAGCCGUGAUAACGUUAUUGAAAUUUCAAGAGUAACGUGAACAGAUCUGUUCGUAUGUGGGACAACAUUUACCAGAUUCUCUGUAAGUUCAGUUUCUUUUUGUGCUGGCCACUUCCUCUUAUGAGUCGGCUUGUACAUGAGAUUGGAGAUUAAGAGGAAGAGAUAUUGUGUGUGUUACUUCCACUUCAGAUCAUUCACUGCUUGACACCUGCCUUUUCCUCUCACAUCUGUCAUGAAUUUGAUUUUGUAUAUUUGAUAUAGUUUUAGAAAGAGUGAAUUCAUUCUACUUGAAUAAAUGGUCUGAAUAUGAUUUUCACAAAAUAAAUACAAUACCUUUUUGAAA